AUGUAUCCUGCCACUGAGAGCUCCCCAGUCUACUUCGACUCCGUCGCUAAUGGUACCUGGCUCCUGAAAAAGUCUCUGACAAAUUACGCCAAAGCCUGCCCGGACUCCAAGAUUGCGGGUGCCCAGGUCACUUCGAACAAUUUCUGUGGAAUGGCUGCUAUUUGGGGUCUGCAGGGCGGAAUUGAGGCGCAACACACACCAGCAGAGCUGAAGCAGACGAUUGAACUCUCCGAACCGCUUCCGGAGGAAGUCAUCAAGAACGUCAUUUCGGUCGUCCUCUUCGGUGAUCCAACGCACACCAGCAACGCAACCUACAACUACGGCACCUACAACCAAAGUGGAAACGGUCUAUUCUACCGCUCGGAUAUAAGCACCUGCGAAGCACUAGGCAAUGGAAUCCGUUCAUACUGUGAUGCCGGAGACCCUUUCUGUGAUAUUGGUGCGUACCACGAUAGCGUGGCUCCAUUCAUCAAUGCGACCGCACACAUGAUGUAUGUUCAGAAUUAUGGGGAUGAUGUCGUUCCUUUCCUUGUUGGGAGAUAUCAUAAUAUUAGCAGCAAUUAUAAUAGCACCGGUAGCAGGUCGACUGCGACGGAGUCGGCUUUGCCGUCGUCUACUGCGGAAUUGAAUGGUGCGGCUGGGUUGAUGCCGAUGACGAGGAUUGCUUUGAUUGCUGCUUUGUUGGUGCAUGUUUUGAUUUGA